GGAAUAGUAGUGAGGCGACAGAGUGAUUCCUGAGUGCUGACGUACAACUACUACUUUCCGUCUUCAGCUGUUCCAAGUCUGGCGACAACUGAACUGUGUGUGGUGUGUUGACCUACACGGGGAGACUUGGAAAAUAAAACUGAAAGGCGAUUGUUAUUGGACCCGUGUGUGUGUGUGUGAGAGAGAAUGACCGGUACAAACGGAAGGAUUUCAUGGCACUACGCGUGAAGAUGGGAAUUCCACCAAUAUGGGCGCUUGGCGCUGGCCAGACUGGAUGAGGAAGUGAGGCUGAGUGAGAAGGAGAUCACAGCUUCCCAGGACUACUGUUGGAGAGGACCUCUGGACAGGUUCCUGCAGCGUGUGUCAGGGUGGAGGUACCGGACUCAUGGAGAACCACUUCCAGACAGAGGCCUUCAACCUGGAUAAAGUGUUGGAUGACUUUGAACAGAAGCAAAAUGAGACCGACAGUCCCAGUCUGUCUGAUAAGUGGAUUCAGAUCCUGGCCCCUCCUGCCCACCUACUAUCUCCGAACCGUGCCCUGGCUUUGACCCCAGACCUCGGCCCCCUCCCCUUAAAGACCCCCCUGCCCCCUGACCCGUCAUCCAGCAACCCCCAGGGGACCAACGCUAAAUGCCACCCCACCGCCGAGCCCCCACCCUGGGGAGAACUACCAGACUGCCGUGCAGACGUGCGGAGCCCUUCGCUCCCCCAGCCCAACAUCGGCAAGCUGUUUGGGGGUGAGGGCUCGUCGGCCUCCUCUAGCUCCCCUCCGUACCACCACCACUCCUCUAUCAGCCCCUCUAGUCCAGCCAGCCCUGCCCUCAAUGGGCUCGGUGAAGAUCCCUGCAAGGGGAACCAGACAUUCCCUUUAGACCACCACCAGCCCCCCACACCCUCAGACCCACGUACUGAUGCCCCUGUGGGGGAGAGGGGUGACGGGAGCUCCCACGUUAGUCACACACACUUGACCAUUGAGGAGAGGCUGGGAGGGGUUGAGGCGAUAGCAGAGAAGUUUAACUCCAAGCCAGAGACCGAGAGACCUGGCGCUUGGCCUCCUAUUCAGGACAGUGGUAGGGAGGAGGCUGGACUGGCUGGGGUACAGUCACAUGAGGAAGGAAUCCCUAAGAGGGAAAGUCAUGGAAAUACUGUUAAAAAUGGAUUGAUGGAGGGACCGACAGAGCGGAAGGAGUGUAGGAAUUCCUCUCAGAAGCAGACGAGGUUGAUAGGAGAAAUGGAGAAGGAGAGCAGGGGAGGUCAGGAUGGAGAGAUGGUUCUUACCAGCGGCAUGGCUACUGAGGACCGAGGGAGCAGGGAGGAGGAAGAGGAGGACCGAGGGAGCAGGGAGGAGGGCCAGUCUCUCCCCCCUCACUCCAAGGAGGACUCCGUAAAAGAGGAGAAGGAGAUGGAGGAGAGCAACCUAGAGAACGGAGGAGGAGAUAGCAGUGUUGCCUCCAUACUGAACACUCGUCUGCAGCUGGUAAGUGUUCCGUUCGGUGGAGCACGUCCCAAACAACCGGUCACUCUCAAACUCCAGAUCCCCUGGCCGCUAUCCGGACAGGACCAGAACCAACUAUCACCUACCGUUAACACCACCAUCGCCGUCUGCAAGAACAAGAACUUUGAGAACCGUGCCGGUGACAUAACCAUGGAUACUGGAACCGUCGUUGCCGGGGGUGACCCUGGUGGUUGUGUCGAGGUUGUUAACGGGGAGUUGCUAAACGGGUCGUCAUCGUUGGGCCUGGUGCUGGAGUCCGAGAGCAGCCCGGACAAUGACCUCCAGGCUGGGUGUCACCACCAGGGUGCUCUGCCCAGGAAACAGCUCUCCUCCCUGGGGGAUGUGGCCCCCGUGUGGGUCCCUGACUCCAAGGCACCAGUCUGUAUGAAGUGUGAGAUCCGCUUCACCUUCACCAAGAGGAGGCAUCACUGCAGGGCCUGCGGAAAGGUGUUCUGUGCUGCCUGCUGCAGCCUGAGGAGCAGACUGAUUUACAUGGACAGGAAGGAGGCCAGAGUCUGUAUCACCUGUCACUCUGCCCUACUGAGUGCUCAUUCGUGGGGGGGUAUGUGUGGUGGGUCUAACCAGAGCCCUAACCCCAACAACCCAGCAGAGUUCUGCAGUGCCAUCCCACCUCUGCAGCAGAUCCGCUCAGAGGGGUCCACAGGUUUCCACCCGCGGGAGCGGAGGAGGGUGCGGUUUGCAGAUGGAAUCCUGCCCAAUGGGGAAGCAGCGGAAUCACCCAAGCUCCCUGCUACCAGCCCCGCCCCCUCGCAAACAUUGGCCGUCUCACAGUGUUCCAACAAAUCCUUCACUUCUGAUUUGCGAGAGGUACAGUUGGCACCGAAGGCGUUGUCCCCUGCCCCUGCGUCCACCGUGGGAAGCCCUGUAGGCAGCUCCAUCAGUCUAAUUCCGGAGGACGGACUUCCUCCCAUCCUCAUCUCAACCGGAGUUAAAGGAGGUGUGAGGGGACACAGCACAGCAUCACCACCCUCAGACUAUGCGGUGGAGGAGCGUCCCUCAGAGAUGGUUCUGAUACAGCAGCUGGAGGAGGGAGGUCCUGACCCCUUGGUGUUUGUGCUCAACGCUAACCUGCUGGCCAUGGUCAAACUGGUCAACUACGUAAACAGGAAGUGUUGGUAUGUGACCACUAAGGGGAUGCAUGCAGUGGGCCAGGCUGAGGUGGUGGUGCUGCUGCAGUGUCUACCUGACGAGAAGAGCAUCCCCAAAGACCUCUUCAGCCACUUUGUACAGCUCUACCAGGAGGCCCUCACAGGUAAUGUCCUGACCCACCUGGGCCAUUCGUUCUUCACCCAGAGUUUCCUGGGCAGCAGGGAGCAUGGAGGGUUCCUCUACGUCUCCCCGUCCUUCCAGUCCCUCCAGGACCUGAUGCUCCCCAACCCCCCAUACCUGUUUGGGGUGUUGCUGCAGAAGUGGGAGACCCCCUGGGCCAAGAUGUUCCCCAUCAGACUCAUGCUGCGGCUGGGCGCCGAGUACAGAUUCUACCCCUGCCCUCUGUUCAGCGUGCGGUUCAGAAAACCCCUGUUUGGAGAAGCAGGUCACACCAUCAUGACCCUGCUAGUGGACUUCCGUAACUACCAGUACACGUUGCCCAUGGUGAAGGGUCUGGUGGUGGACAUGGAGGUGAAGAAGACCUGCAUCAAGAUCCCCAGCAACCGAUACAAUGAGCUGAUGAAGGCGAUGAACAAGUCCAAUGAACACGUCCUGGCCAUGGGGGCGUGUUUUAACGAGCUGGCCGACUCCCACCUGGUGUGUAUUCAGAACGACGACGGAAACUACCAGACACAGGCCAUCAGUAUCCACCACCAACCACGCAAAGUGACUGGCGCCUGCUUCUUCGUGUUCAGUGGUUCUCUGAAGGCAUCUUCUGGAUACCUGGCCAAGACCAGCAUUGUGGAGGAUGGUGUGAUGGUGCAGAUCACAGCAGAGACCAUGGAUGCUCUACGGCAAGCCCUCAGGGACAUGAAGGACUUUAGUAUCACCUGUGGCUGGGCAGACCAGGAGUACAGCCAGGAACACGUUCACAUACAGUGGAUAGAUGACGAUCACAACUUUUUCAAUAAGGGGGUAAUUAGUCCUAUUGAUGGGAAGUCUAUGGAGUUCAUCACCAGCGUGAAAAUCUUCCACGGUUCAGAGUUCAAGGCUAAUGGGAAGGUCAUCCGCUGGACAGAGGUGUUCUUCCUACAGAGUGAGGACCAGCCCAACGGUCUGAGUGACCCUGCUGACCACAGUCGCCUGACGGAGAACGUGGCGAGGGCAUUCUGCGUGGCGCUCUGCCCACACCUCAAACUGCUGAAGGAGGAAGGCAUGGCUAAGCUGGGCCUACGGGUCACCCUCGAGUCUGACCAGGUGGGUUACCUAGCAGGAAGUAACGGCCAGCCUCUCCUCUCCCAUUACCUGAGGGACCUGGACAGUACUCUGAUCCCUGUCAUCCACAGAGGGGCGUGUCAACUCAGCGAGGGACCUGUCGUCAUGGAGCUGGUCUUCUACAUCCUGGAAAUCCUCUCCUAGGAGACGGAGGCACCGCUUAGCAACGGACCAACACCCCAGACGCCGAUCUCCUAGUUCUCUCUCUCGUCCUCAUCCUCUAUUUUUCCCUCCCACCUUGCCUCUCCUGUUCUUCAGAGAGAGGCUGUGAGGGGCAGCUAGCUGAUGUUGCUAUCCCUUCAAUAGACAGCUAGGGCCUCUCCAGUCCACCUAUGCAUCAUGUCCACCCUGAUCACAUGAAAUUAAAUUUUUCCUCAAAACACAACUUUAUAUAUUGGAGUGCCUUUGCUUUUUUGACGACCGUUAGAAACAAUGUCAUGUUUCUACGCAUGUGAAUUUAGCUAGCCAAGUCGCCAUGACAACGCCGAAAAAGUGUGAUCGAGGAAUUCUAUUGGAGAAGCAGUUCCUGUCAAUCUUCACACUGUCUUUGCUGUGGGAGCUAGACAACCUAGAGGACAAAGCACAAGACCCCAUGUAGAGGUGUCCAAAGCUCUGCCUGAUGAGACUACACUUUUGUCUCUGCCGACAGGGACUUCAGUUGGGCUGGGAAUAUUAAAAACUCGGAGAUGGAGAGGGGGUAGAGCGAGAACAAGAGGAUCUGGUGAUGCUGUUUAAUUUGCAUCCUGGUGCUCAGUUCCAUCAGUCGCAACUCUUUACAGUGGAAGGAGGGAAGAGAGAAGGAACGAACAACUUACCUGUCGUUUUCAGCCAAUGAUCACCAAAUGCUUUAUUUCCUGACAUUGAUGGACUACAGUUUUCGUUUUGCUUGUUAUUUUGUUUAGGCAGGGGUGCAAUUGGCUCAAUAGCUCAUCCAGAGAUCCAACACCAAGAUUGUCUGUCUCACUAGAACUGUUAAGCAGUUAGACCACUUAGUCGAAAGCACAAUGUCUAAGAGAGGUGGUGUGGGUGUUUACUGAUUUUACUGUCAGACUUAAUAGGUCAAAGAUCCUGAACCGUGGAGAUCAACCAAGCUUUAUAUGGCUGAGCUUCAAGUCUUAUGAGAACCAUGCCACCCUUCUGUUUAAAACAGGUUUCCAAUGCUUUACCAGAACAUUCUAACAGGAAGUAUAACAAACAGUCUCUGGCCUCUCAUUGGCCACCCGAGGGGAUUGGUUGGAGUCUUGGGAUGAGAAAUGCAUUGUGGUCUGAUCCUUCACCACCGACUCAACUCCAGCCCCAUCCUUCCACCCACCGUUAACUAGCCCCAUCCUUCUCUCUAAGUGAUGGAGAGGGUACUAGAGGAACUGAAGCAUCUUCAGUAAAUUGUUACCUGUGGUUGCUUCCCAAAUUGCACACUACAUUUGACCAGUGCCAUAUGGGACGUGACCCUGUCCUCCUGACCUGUGAGCCAAAGCAACUAGUCAACACAUUGAUGCUGCUCUCCUCCAUCCCCACAGCAUUUUUGUACAAUUCAAAAUAAAAACUGCCUAAAUGAUUUUGCAGAAACCAAAAAAAUGUAGAUGCCCUGGAGUCUAAGCCAUUUUAACCGUUCAGCGACUGGCCGUACUUCAACAUCGAAUUGUGUUUUUUACAUCCACUGUGUAAGCUGCUCUGAGGGCCUAUGGGAAUAGGGUGCCGUUUGGAACGUAAGACUGCCCUCUGCUGUGGGAAUGGACCUGAAGACUAUACUAUAGUUUUAGUGCAACUGUUUGUUGCUAAAUUUGGCAGCAAUCCAUUACCAAAAUAUAUUUCUCAUUUAUGAACUGCUAAAUCUGUAGGUAAACAAAGAUACUAUCAGGGGGUGGCAGGUAGCCUAGUGGUUAACCAGGUAAGAAUGUCGUUCUGCCCCUGAACAAGGCAGUUUAACCCACUGUUCCUAGGUCAUUGUAAUUAAAUCAACUUUGACCAUUCAACUGUAUGUAAAGAACAUUGUGGGUUUCAGACAGUAUUGAGGGCAAACUAUGACAGAACAAUGGUGAUUGGAGGAUCAGAACCACCUGCCUAAUAAAUACAACCUUGUGUCUGCCUAGUCAACAAGGUUAUGCGCUCAAUAGGUACCAUGCGGACUUGCCCAAUAAGAAACAAAUGAAAUGUUCCGUGCCCCAAAGAACAGGACUCACAUUUCUGGAGAGAAGCUUUCUUAUCUGCAUGACAGUGGCUUCCUAAAUCUUACACUUGUGUGCAACUUCCAAGAUAAACAACCUUCUAAAAUGUCUCGGCCAUUCAGAGCUUUGUGUACCCUUACAGGGGAGGGACCUACCUGAAUUUGUCCAAUAGAAACCUUUUGUGACCGUGUGCACUAGUGAAUACACCCCGUUACUUUUCUUUGGCACUAUUGCAGCACUCUAUCAAAAGUGGUAGAAUUGUUUAUCUUGAUGGUAGCAUUUUGUUAUUCAAUUGAACAGACUUACCAAUACCAGAAGGCCAUUGCAUGAAGACAGAAACAAACCAACUACUCGGCUUUGUGACCAUAUUCUACUGUCCUGUGUAUCAGUCAGGCCGGACCAGGGAAAAGUGUCUAACAACAACAAAAACA